CGGGCCCUCCGGAGCGUGUGCAGCGAGGAGCCGGCGGGCGAGCGGGCGUCCCCGCAGCCAGCGAGCGGGAGGAGGAGCCGCGCCGCGCCAGGGGCAGCGGAGGAGCCGAAGAGGGCGCCCCAGGUGGCUGCCCCUACCCUCUCCUGAGAUGUCAGGAAGGAGGGGACCACCUGUGUCCCCCACCGGGGCCCCCCAGAGCCUGGGGGCCCCCAGCCCUGGAGCCUGGAGGUGGAGGAGGUGCUGACAGGUCUGGUAACCACCUGCUGCUUCCCAGUCCCCUCCACACCACUCUUUCCCAGAACCAGAGACUUCCAGAAUAUUGCAGAAAAACUGAAGCAUCCACGCCCUCACCGCUAUCUCCCAGCCCCUGGCCGAUUUCUGGGACAGGGAAACUGAGGCCCCGCAUAGCAGAGGAAAUGUCUCGCCUUCUCAGUGGCAGCUUUGAGCUGAACUUGGGUCUUGCUAGGAUUCCAGAACAUGGCCUUUCUCAGCAUUUUGAGGCCUCCAACCUCCUCUAGGCUGCGGGACUUAGGGUUCUUCGGGGGUGUAGAGGUGCUCAGCGAGAUGCUCCUCAGCCCCUCCUGCUCCCUCCCCGUCCUCCUCCUUUUCCUCCUCCCCAGCGUUCCAAUGGAGCCCCACCCCCCACCCUUACCACUGCCUCCCUUUCUAGCCCCUGAGUGGGACCUCCUGUCCCCCCGAGUAGUCCUGUCCAGGGGCACCCCCGCCGGGCCCCCUCUGCUCUUCCUGCUGGAGGCCGGGGCUUUUGGGGAGCCCGCAGGCCGCCCUGCCAACCGCAGCCGGCGAGGGGCGAGCGAGACAGCACCCGCAAGUCGCCGGGGAGAGCUGGCUGUGUGCGAUGCGGUCAGCGGCUGGGUGACGGACCGCCGGACGGCCGUGGACCUGCGUGGGCGUGAGGUGGAGGUGCUGGGCGAGGUUCCCGCGGCUGGUGGCAGUCCCCUCCGCCAGUACUUCUUCGAGACCCGCUGCAAGGCUGACAGCACCGAGGAAGGUGGCCCCGGUGGGGGAGGAGGGGGCUGCCGGGGUGUGGACCGGAGGCACUGGGUAUCUGAGUGCAAAGCCAAGCAGUCCUACGUGCGGGCACUGACCGCUGAUGCCCAGGGCCGCGUAGGCUGGCGAUGGAUUCGGAUUGACACUGCCUGCGUCUGCACGCUCCUCAGCCGGACUGGUCGGGCCUGAGGCCCAUGCCCAGGAACUGGGCAGGCAGAGGAAGAAGACGGCUGGAUCCCGAGGGACCUCAGGGGUGGCCUGACCGCUCCGGGCCUCAGUUUGGGAACUUGUGAAAUGGUCACACAAUCACAGCUUUCUGAUUCUGAGAGCUCAAUCCGUGCCAGACAGGUGGUGGAACCAAAUGGGGUUUUGAAGGAUGAGUAGGAGUUCUCCUGGAUGAACUUGAGGGUAAUGAUGAUGAUAAUAAUAGCC